AACUCCACCCACACUUUCUUUCUCCCCUUCUCCCCCCCUCCCCUUCCCCCCAAAAAAAACCCACACGAAUUCUCUUUUCUUCGUACUUCGCUUAUCUCUCCUCUCAAUUUUCCAUCUGCCUCGUUCUGACGGCCUUCAUUUCUGCAAUCCGUGGCCGGCUGGUGCCAUCAUGCUUGCAGAUCUCCUGGAGCAUCGCAAUGCCAUAAGUCGCCCUCCUGUCCAUUCCGCCCCUCGAUCGCCACCACUAUGACCUCCGAUAAACAAUCCCACGGCCAUCUCGCCAAACCUCUAACCCCCGCCCUCAGUGCAGCUUUUCAUCGCACCCAAUCUAAAUCUCCUUUAACCCCUCGACUCGCUACGCCCGCGGGUUAUCGCACCCCUAAUCGCUCGACCCCCUCCGAGCAUCCCUCCUCGGCCCUUGGUCGGCGGGAGCCGGAGCCCUCCCUCCUCAGUGCCAACGUGACCCCUCGAUCCGGCUCCCGCGCCAGCAGACGAGAUGGGACGACCUCUUCGCCGAGUACUUUCUCCUCGAAUGGUACCAAUUCGCUCCAUGUGAGCUGGGCACAGCCCAGCGUGGCUCAGGGGGGUUCUCAGGGGCGGUUCCGCACGGAGCGGAGCCCCGUCCGGGGGGCCAUGCUGGAACCCCCCAAAGUCGCCCGAUCCAAGCCAGUGGCAAUCGAAUCGAACUACCUGCCGCGACCUACUAUAUCCUCCGAAAAUGCUUCUGCAUCUCCCAUGUUCUUUCACGCCAGUGAUGCCCGAUCCACUAUUUCGUCAUCCGAGUCAGAUGUGCGGCCUAAAUUGACGAGCAAAUCAGCUUCCGCGACCACAUUCGUCUACGCCAAUGGACAGGAGGAGCGACCGGCCCCGGCGAGUGAUGUUGGUACCGGACCAACCCCGUACAAACGUCGAUCGCUGUCACGCUCGGUGGUCUCCUCGAAGCCGGCCUCUCCGUCGCCGCGACUACGCCCUGCCCGGGUAAACUCGAACCCCCGCUUGUCGGAUGGGCUGACGUCUCAGGUUAGCUCUCAAUUGGAAGAGCCCUCAGAACCGAGUCUCACUCCGCAAAGCCCUCCGUUGAGCACUGUCUCUGCCCGACCUAUCCCCGCGGUGCGUCAUCUCAAGUCGUCCAGCGUGGACUCGGCCACCAAUGGGACCCCGCCUCAUCCCCACCACAAAGAAGGCCUGAGGCCUAGCCCUUUAAUCAUAUCUCCCUCCGAGCCCAAGCUCGAUACCAGCAGCAUCGCGACCGACCCGUUACCGGGGCUCCGUCCGCGCGUCUUCAGCAACGGGUCGAUCGCCUCCGUCGAUACGCAUGGUUCCGGCAUGCAGAGCCCGUCGAAGUCGGAGAGUGGCGGACCCGCUUCCAACGGGGUGGCCUUGAAUGCGCGGACCGAGCGGAAAAUCAUGGAUCUGGAGAUCAGCAACUCGUCGCUGCUGGCCAUCAACCGAACCCUGGAGCGCGAGAUGCGGAAGCAGAACGCGGAACUCCGACGAUACCGACGGCUGAGUCGAUCGGGGCGGCUGUCCAUGGCACAGUCGACUCGAUCUGCGUCUGCCACGCUGUCCAUUCACAGUGAGGUUGAUGAAGCCCACAGCGAGCGCUCCUCCCCGCGGUCGUCGCCGGAGGAGUUGUCCGACUUGAGCGACGAGGAGGAGGACUCGAUGGCGGAUUCGGGAGUGCUGAGCCCGGCCGAUUCGCAGGCCGAACCGGAUGCGAGCCAUCGACCGCGGGAUGAGAAACGGUUCCUCCUCGACCUGGCCAAACAUCAGGAGCUGCUCGCAGACAGUCAGCGGAUGAACCAGAGCCUCAAGCGAUGCCUGGGGUGGACGGAGGAGCUCAUCAAGGAGGGCCAGCGGGCGCUGGAGUACCGAGUCCAUGUGAGCGACGUGCAACUGGGGGGCCGAGUGCUCGCCCCGGAGGAGAUGCAUGACCUCAACGACCCGGAGUAUGUGGUGCCUGCCCUCCCGAGCUCCGGGGCGUCCGAGACGCUGUCCGACGGGUCGCUUUCGGAGCAGGAGCUGUCCGACGACGAGCAGCUGUCCGAUGAGGCCAUUGACGAUGGCCUGCCUUGAGCGUCAUCUUUUCUACUUAAUACCUAAUCUUCGACAAUGGGCCUUGAUUUUGCAGCAUAUAUUCGUGAGAGGGGUUUUGUGGGUCCGCGACUAAAGCUGGCAUUUAGUCUUGAUGUGCGUUUGUUACCAGCGAUAGCGAUAGAUUGAUUUGCCGGGCUGAUCCGCAGCUUCUGGUACUGGUUACUGUUACUGUUUAGUAGAUACCCCCCCGCCAGCGUUUAGACUUAUUCGAUAGAACUUGCAGGAUUCUACUGUAUGCA